AUAAAUUUUGCUGUUAAGUGAGAAAGUUUGAAUUAAAAGUUCGCUUGAAAAUGUUGAAAUUGAAAAAUAGCUGCGUAAUUUUAAAUAAAAAUAUUAAUUUAAAUGAUACAACAAAAUUUAAAUUGUUAUUAAUUAAACAACAACAGCAGCAUGUAAACACGUUACGCUAUCGAUCCACAGCUCCGGCGGCUGCUCUAGAAACUGAAGUCAAUACCGAGGCAUCAGCUAAUAAAGAAUGGCAAAAUGCUAAACCUUUCGAAGAAAUUCCCACCAUUGGUAGUUUGGCUUUAUUGAGGAAAUUUUUACCUGGCGGUAAAUAUGCCAAUUUAGAUUCUACACAAAUGUUGAAUGCUUUCAAGGAGGAUUUGGGUAAUGUGGCAUUUUUGCCGGGUUUUUUUGGUCGCGAGGGAUUUGUUAUUACCCAUAAUGUGGAAGAUUUUGAAAAAAUUCUACGCAAUGAAGGCAUUUGGCCAGUUAGACCCGGUUCAGAUUAUUUACAAUAUCAUCGUCAUGUACAUCGUGCUGACUUCUUUCAAGGGGUUGAGGGUCUACUAUCAACUCAGGGCGAAACCUGGGGCAAAUUUCGUUCUACUGUCAAUCCGGUAAUGAUGCAACCCAAAAAUGUUCGCUUGUAUUUGCAUAAAAUGUCUCAAGUUAAUAAGGAAUUUAUAGAAAGAAUACGUCAAAUACGUGACCCACAAACCUUCGAAGUUCCCGAUAACUUUGAGGAAGAAAUGAAUCGCUGGACCUUAGAAUCAGUUUCGGUUGUGGCUCUAGAUAAACAAUUAGGUUUAAUCACUAAAAAUCGUGAUAAUCCUGCAGCCAAAGAACUAUUUCAGGCUUUAAAUGAUUUCUUUACAUAUUCGGUGGAAGUGGAAUUUAAACCCUCCCUCUGGAGAUAUAUUAAAACACCAACAUUUAAAAAACUAAUGGCAGCUUUAGAUAAAAUUGUCGAUAUUACGAGUUCAUAUGUCAACGAAGCUAUUGAACGUAUCGAAGAGGAACGUAAGAAUGGAGUGCCCGAAAAGCCCGAAAAUGAAAAAAGUGUUUUGGAAAAGCUGAUAAAAAUCGAUAAGAAAAUAGCCACAGUAAUGGCCAUGGACAUGUUAAUGGCGGGAGUGGAUACGUCUUCUUCAACAUUUACCGGUUUGCUCUUGUGUAUGGCUAAAAAUCCCGAGAAACAGCAAAAACUACGCGAAGAGGUAUUGAAAGUUUUACCCCAUAAAGAUUCUGAAUUUAAUGAGAACAGUAUUAAAAAUAUGCCCUAUUUGAGAGCCUGUAUUAAAGAAUCUCUCCGCUAUUAUCCCUUGAUUGUGGGUAAUGCACGUGUUCCCGUCGAAGAUGUGGUAGUUAGUGGCUACAGAGUACCCAAGGGUACACAAGUGUCUAUGUGCGCUACCUCUUUGACACGCGAUGGCAAACAUUAUCCUCAUCCUAAUGAAUAUUUACCUGAACGUUGGCUGAGAUCCGACAAAGAAACGAAUGACAGUGCAGCAUGCCCUCAGUCUUUAAAGCCUAGUACACCCUUCUUACAUUUACCUUUCGGUUUUGGGGCUCGUAGUUGCAUUGGCCGUCGUAUUGUCGAAAUGGAACUAGAAUUGGGUAUUGCUAGAAUGGUGCGUAACUAUCAGAUUGAAUUUAAUUAUCCUACGGAAAAUGCCUUCAAGAGUCUACUGAUAAGUGUUCCCAAUAUUCCUUUGAAAUUUAAAUUUACCGAUUUGGAUUAUUAAAGCAAAAUUUUGCAAAAUAUAAUAUUAAAAGUUAAUUUUAAAGAAUUGGCAGGUCUGAGGGCUAACACUGUAGUCAAAGGAAAACUUAAAUGUAAAAUUAAUUUUAAUGUAAAUGAUUGUCUGUUUUAGAUUACAAAUUAUAAUUUAAAUGAUAAGAUAUGUAAUUGUCAAUAUAAAAUAUUUAUAUGUAUAGAUAGAUGACUAAACAUAUUGAUAACUAAGUAAUAAAAUUAGUAGUAUUAACCCUAAUUCUGAUUGCAAAAA